GGUACAACAUUUCCAAAACAUCAGACUCUUGCCAUGGUUAACCCAGGGAUAUUCAGUCUGAAAGAAGUCUGCCUAAAAAAUAUGCAAGACUCUACAAGCCAGAAUGUUCCAGAAUGUUGGAUAAAAUGAGAUUUACCGUUGUCAGUGCUGUUGGUUCUUUUGACAGUAGGAGAAGGAGAAAGUGUAAUUUACCUGACUUUUUGCUGCGGUGGUAGGUUCUGUCACUUGUAUUUUCAAUCUCCUGAUGUAAUGCGCGUGAUGAACAAUAUGUAAACAAUAGCUUAAUGUAACCGAAGGUAGUCAACCGAAGCACGUUUCCUUGCAAUCAGCUGGAAGUGUUUGUCAAAUUUGCCAGCUGAUUGCGUGGGACAAUGUUCGGUCUGUGGUUUGGUUAGGCUCGGCCAUAUUGUACAAGUGUUUGUCUCAUGCGAAAAACUGAUAUACAGGAUAGCAUACUGAAGGUUGGGUUGAUAAGGCUUCCCUGUGGAUAUUUUGUCUCAGAUCAAACAAGCGGGGAGAGGCUGCCCAUUGUCACAGUUCCAAGAUCAGUCAGAAGCGUCCAGUUAACUUUACCCCAAUGAAUCUUAAAACGGAACUUUGAUCCGCAUUAAAUACUAUUGAUAUCCUUCGCCACUGUCGUUUUACGACAUAUAUUUAGAUCCAGUCAUGACCAGGGGUGUAGUGCUACCGGACAACACUGGGCCAAUUGUGAGCUGCACCAUGGGACUCCCGGUCAUGGCGGGUUGUGACACAGUCUGGGAUCGAACUGGGAUCUGUAGUGACGCCUUGCCUUAGACCGCUGCGCUACUUGGGAGGCCCCUGUAGUGUGAAGGACCUCUUUAAUUAAACAGCAUGGAUUGGACUAUUGGGAAGGAGAGAAUUCCCUCAUGUAAUAGUGAACUGCCUAAGGCCUCAAAGAAUGCCUCCGGAACCAACCUCACUAUCAAUCUGAAUGAAAUGCUCAGAUCAAAAGCUGACGUGGAAAGGAAGCGUGUUCCAAUCCGCCCACCCAACCCAAGAGCCUCUGCACCCAGGGAACUGGGGUUUAGUCGAGACCUUUCGUGUGAGCCCAUGCCCAAACCCAUUAUCCGAAGACGUGCACGAUCUCUGUCCUCCUCCACAGAGUGGAAGAGGCACACUCGUAAUGUUGGGGUGCGUUUUGUAGACUGUCUGGGCCUGGACCUAGAGGACGUUAAGGUUUUCAAAACCGGGGAGGAUCCCUUUGUGCCACAACAUGUCUCCUUCAGGCUUUUGAUGGGUGCAGAGCUGGCUGGGGGGAAGAACUUGGAAAUCUCGCUGCCGUAUCUAAAGCCGGUGUUCCCUCAGCAACCCGGUGAUCGACCUGAAUUCUUCAGCCGCCUGCGCCAGCAGAGAGUCUGUCUGGAGAGGGUUUUGUGCUUUGACCUGGGCAUCAUCGGGAUCACUCAGGUCCUCAACCUCCAUUUUGAGAAAGAGGUGAGCGUGCGCUAUUCUUUCACAGGAUGGAGGUGCAGCUCAGAAACCAAGGCCUCCUGGGUAUCCACCACCUGCAAGUCCUGGGAUGGAACGCAGGAGCAGCUCAAUUGUGACACCUUUCGUUUCCACCUGCCUGUUCCUCCCUUCCUGCUACCUGGAGCUGCUUUGGAAUUUGCUGUCCGAUACAAAGUGUCUGGGAAAGAGCACUGGGACAACAACGAGGGGCAAAACUAUAAGUUGGUCUGCCAUAGCUACAAACUGACUGUGCCCAAGGAGUGUGAGCAUAGCAUGGUGCACUUUAUUUGAGCUCAUUUAACAAGGAGCAUUUAACUGGUUGCUCUCAUAAGUUCCAAUAAAUAAUUUGGCCAUGAGGUCAAAAACAUCAUCAGAACUGAGAGGCAGCAGUAGUGUUCAGAAAAAGACAGAUCUGGUAUAUAUGAAUAACAUGUUAUUGGAGCACUCAGCUAAUAGAGAAACACGUCAUGGUUAUCUGUGACUGUGGUGGAAGCCAUGUUUUUUAUUAAUUCAUACACAUUUAUUUUAACAGAGCACACCUAUUAGUAUUGGAGUGCAUGUUUUCAAAUGCAAAUGCAAAUGCACUUUAUUAUAUACAGUGCCUUCGGAAAGUAUUCAGACACCUUGACUUUUUCCACAUUUUGUUACAUUACAGCCUUAUUCUAAAAUGGACAUAAAUCUAUACUCAA